AUGAGCGGUGUGGCGCUGUGUGUGGUGGUGGUUUCUGUCUUCCUGCUGGCCCUGUACCUCCUGAGGCGUUAUGCAGACGUGUGGAAGCAGCAGCGGAUGGUCCUGAUAGGCACGCUGCUGUCCUGGUACCUGUGCUUCCUCAUCGUCUUCAUCUUACCGCUGGAUGUCAGCACGACCAUCUAUAACCAGUGUGUCCAUAUUCAAUCAAAUCACACAUUCCCUGUGACUCAAGCAACAGAGUUAAGUCAGACCGAGGUCAGCACAGCUCAACACCUACCUUUGAAAAUACCAAAGGUGUGUGAAAAGCCCUGGAGUUUCAUCCCAGAUGGUGUCCUGCCAGUCUUUUGGAGGGUUGUAUACUGGACUUCCCAGUUUCUCACAUGGCUGUUGUUGCCCUUCAUGCAGUCUUAUGCACGGUCGGGAGCUUUCUCCAGGGUUGGAAAGAUUAAGACGGCUCUGAUUGAAAAUGCUAUUUAUUACGGCACCUACCUCCUUAUCUUCAUUUCGCUCUUGAUCUAUGUGGCUGCUCACCCAAAGUGGAAACUCACGUGGAAAGAUCUCCAGACCAUUGGUAUUGCAGCAGCCAACACGUGGGGUCUCUUCCUUUUGGUGCUGUUGCUAGGCUACGGCCUGGUGGAGAUCCCGCGUUCUUAUUGGCUCUCAUCUUCCCAUGGUUACUUGCUGGCCAAGACCUACUUCAAAACAGCAAAACUGGUUACCGAGAAAGCAGCAGCAGAGGAGAAUCUAGCAGAUGUUAUGGAGGAAGUUGCAGGUGUUGACAAGUCUGUCCACUACAACAACAGCCUCAGGAAAUGUGUGGACACCAUUCUGACAAAGUGUCCACCUGAGUACCAAGAAGAGAUGGGAAGAAAUGCAGAAAGCUCUAAUGAAGACCACAGUGUUACUCCCACCAAAAGAAGCUUAAUUAACCUCCAUAAAAAAGUAAUACGAGCAGUGCAGAGCCACCGUCAGACUCAGGUUCAGUGGUCUAUCUUGUUAGACCAGGCUUUUCAUCUUGAAGAUGUAGAUAGAAGCCAGAGUAACCCGCUCCGAGUCUUCACCCACAGCUUCCCCUCAGACCACGGCAGUUGGAUCUGGAGGCUCAUCUAUACCACAAAAGUCGAGUGGUACUGGGAGUGUGUGUUCAGACAGUGGUUCUGCAGGCUACUGGCACUGCUCCUGUGCCUCCUCUCUGCAGCUGUAGUUUGGUCCGAGUGCACCUUCUUCAGCACGCGACCCGUGCUCUCUCUGUUCGCCGUCUUCAUUCAGAAGGCUGAGAAUCACUACAACUACAUUUGUAUAGAGAUGGCGUGCUUCAUCAGUAUUCUCUUCAUGUGCAUGUGUGUGUACUCCACGGUAUUCAGGAUACGAGUUUUUAAUUAUUAUUACUUGGUGCCACAUCACCAGACGGAUGCCUACAGCCUGCAGUUCAGUGCCAUGCUGUUUUGUCGUCUGACUCCGCCUUUGUGCCUCAACUUUCUUGGCCUGAUUCAUAUGGACUCUGCCAUCUCGCACCAAGACAGAAUACAGACAUCAUACACUUCAAUUUUGGGUUCUAUGCGGCUUCUGCCUGUCAUUUCUGAUGGGUUCUACAUCUAUUACCCCAUGCUGGUGUUGCUGCUCUGCUUUGCCACAUUUUACAAUCUGGGCUCUCGCUGUCUGAACCUUUUGGGCUUCCAUCAGUAUAUUGCUGAUGAUGACUUGACCUCUGACCUUGUCGACGAAGGCAAAGAACUCAUCAGAAGAGAAAGAAGAAAAAAACAGAAAGCAGAAGAUGGAGAAAAUCGAAGAUGGGCCUGGAGAGAAAAAUAUGGAGUCCAGACAGCUUUGGGGCAGAGCAAAACUGGUUAUGCUGAGUUAAAGGAUAAUCAGAGCAGCCCUGAAACAGAGAUGAAGAGAAGUGGUAAGAAAAACCACGCAACUUUUCAAUAG